AGGUUCCUGAGACAGCACACUUUUGUAAAGUUUGGCUGACGAUUUGUUUACUUAAAUCAUCAGUAAAGUCAAGUGUGCGAAAAUUGGCACUUAAGCCCCACUUGAAAUCGAAUCAACGGUACAAUAUCGCUAUUUAGCAUGCAAUAUAAAUAGUGUGUAUGAUGCGAUGGUAUGGCAAAUGAACUUAAGGACUUUGCAGUAAUAAAUAUCGUACAUAAAUACCUACUUAAGCUCAAGAAGUCAAACAAAAUCUGCAUAAAGUGGCUGCGAACAAACAGUUAGCGACAACAAAGACGGAGACACAUGCAAACACGCAUACACUCACACGCAUUCACACUGAUGAACAGGCAGCUGGCUUCACGCUGCUGUGAUUGGCUGCAAGGCGGCCAUUUUCUGUACGGUCCACAGCAGACGAAUACACACCCACACAUGCGUGCGCCUGUUAGCAUGUUGUGUACGUGUGUGCGGGUGGUUCGACAUCGUUUGUUGGAAAAAUGAUUCAGUUCGAAAAACGCGCUGACAAAUUGAGGACACGCUCGAGUGCGCAGCGGAACGGCGCAUUGCUUAAGAUUUGAGCUAAAGGAAAAAAAUCAAAUACACGUUCUCGGUUGCAAGGGGUGCGUGUGUAAUUUUCCCCCCUGAACUACACCCCUUCAGAAGACAAACUAACCAACCAGCUACUUGGAAUUGUUGUCGCAGUCUCAGUCUCAGUGGCAGUCGCAGUCAAGUGUCGUUCGGUUCUCGACGUGUAGUUCAAGUGCAUUUUGGCAAAUUGUUGUAUUUAUUUUAAUUUAAAGUGCCUCUUCAAGAGCUCAAGUGAUUCGAAAUUGUGCCAAAGCCAAAGUGCAAUAAAUAAUAAUGUUGCAGCAUCAUCAACACCAGGCACAAACCGCCGGCUACUAUGAUUACAAUCAAACACCUAGUCCGGGCAGCAUGACAAAUGCGGAUGCCCUCAACACAACUCCAUUCUCAGUCAAGGAUAUACUCAAUAUGGUCAAUCAAACUGAGGCCUACGAUGCUGGCUAUGGACAUCUCGAUAGCGCGACGGCAGCUUCAACGCUCUAUGGCGCCGGCGAUUACCAGCUUCAUCAGCAUCAGCAGCAUCUCCAGCUCCAGCAGCAACAGCAGCAGCAUCAGCAGCAACAGCAGCAGCAGCAUCAGCAACUGCAGCACCAUCAGCAGCAACAACAACAGCAACUGCAAAAUCAUUUGGUUGAGCAUGAUGAGGAUGCGAUGGCCACGACUUCAUCGCUGUCGCCUUUGCUGCCACCGCCACAUGGUCAUCAUCCUCACGCACAUGCCCAUCAUCAUCAUCAUCAGCUGUACGCUGGCUAUCAUCAGGACUAUGGCAUGCCAGCGCACAUGUUCCAGCAUCCACAUCCGCACGCGCAUCAAGGCUAUCAGCCCGCCUACAAUGUGUCCGCCUCGCAGUUCUAUGCGGGCAACGCUUCCAAUGCCUAUCAGACCUCCUCCGCCGGCUACAACUACAACUAUGCGACCGCAGCCUCCGCUGUCGCCAGUCCUGGCGAUCUCUAUGCCAGCGCUGCCUCCGCCUCCUCCACGCUGCCCUCAGUUGGAUCACCCGCUGUCUCCAAUGCUGCUGCUGCUAUUCUCGCUGCCGGCACCAUCAAGAGCGAGUAUAUUCCCACGCCCUACGUCACGCCCUCGCCCACCCUCGAUCUGAACAGCUCCACGGAGGUGGACGGCGGACACGGCUCGGCGCACAAGCUGGCCGGGAAUGGCAUCGCACAGCGACUGCUUGAUCCACAGCGAGCGGGAGAGUGUGCCAAGCGAAAGGAGAGUCAGGUGACUUCAUCGCGCGCUGAGCUGCGCAAGAACAGCAGCCAAAAUGGAAGUGGGAACAGCAGCAACAACAGCAACAGCAGCAAUAACAACAACAACAACAACUCGUCUGGAAAACCGCGAAUGAAGCGCAAACCUCGAGUGUUAUUCUCUCAGGCACAAGUGCUGGAGUUGGAGUGUCGCUUUCGCAUUAAGAAAUAUUUAACUGGUGCGGAGCGAGAAAUCAUUGCACAGAAAUUGAAUUUGUCGGCGACGCAGGUGAAGAUCUGGUUCCAGAAUCGACGCUACAAAUCGAAGCGCGGCGACAUCGAUGGCGAUGGCAUUGUGAAGCAUCAUCAUCAUCAACAGCAGCAGCAGCCACAGAUGAAGCUGAAGGAGUCAACGGGAGGCAGCUCUUUGCCUCCCCCGCUGCCCAAUCACAUGAUGUGGCCAAGUGCAGCACAGCAGCUGCAAUAG